GUGCCAUGCCAGCACAGCCAUUUGGACAAGGUUUCUCACUGAACCGGGGGUGACCAUGACGUGCUGUGAGGGGUGGACAUCCUGCAAUGGAAUCUGCCUGCUGAUUCUACUUGUGAUUGGAGUAGUUCUCAAUGCGAUCCCUCUGGGUAUCGACUUAGUUGAGCAAGACAAAGAUUUUCAAAACCCCAUCUCUUGCUAUGAGUGGUGGUUCCCAGGAAUUAUAGGAGCAGGUUUGAUGGUCAUUCCAGCCACAACAAUGUCCUUGGCAGCAAGAAAAAGAGGAUGUUGCAACAACAGGACUGGGAUGCUUCUUUCAUCACUUUUAAAUGCAAUCACAGUCAUUGGUGCUGUGUACUGCCUGUUGGUCUCCAUCCAGGCGCUCUCUGAAGGUCCGCUCAUCUGUAAUUCUCCAAGCAACAGUACCACCACUUGUGAAUUCUCAUUAAAAAACUUAACUGACUUUCAUCCAAAAUCCUUCAAUCUGCAGUGGUUCUUCAAUGAUUCUUGUGUGCCUCCUACUGGUUUCCCAAACUCUGCCAUCAACAACAUGCACAGUAAUUGGAGAAUACCUAACUCCAAUUCUGAAGAAGACAGACAGAGGAUUUUCCACUUUUCAGUAUUUUUAAGUCUAUUUCUUGUUGGAGUUCUUGAGCUCCUUUUUGGGCUCAGCCAGAUAGUCAUUGGUUUUCUUGGCUGUCUGUGUGGGGUCUCUGGCCAAAGAAGUCAAAUUGUGUAGUUUAAUGGUAAUAAAAUUAAGUAUCGAUAUUCUGAAUAACUUGAGAAUUAUAUUUAAAAUACAUGCCUUUAGAAGUUCAAUAAUGAAACAUUAUUUAGAAAGCUGUAUAAGUCA